AAACACAAAGCUUCCUUCUCAAAAAGCACUUCCUCUCUCUCCUCUUUUCUUUUCUCUCUCUACUUUCCUGGAAAAUUAAUUCAUUUUCUCAUAUUUUCCCGAGAAAAUGGGAAAGCUAAGCUUUAGAUUCCUUGAGAAUUCAAAGCCUUACUUUGCCAUGAUAUCCUUACAAUUUGGAUAUGCUGGCAUGAACAUCAUCUCUAAGGUCUCUCUUAGUAGAGGGAUGAGUCAUUACGUCCUCGUCGUUUAUCGACACGCCUUCGCUACCGCUUCUAUUGUUCCCUUCGUUCUCUUCUUUGAACGGAGAGGACAACCGAAGAUAACACUCAAAGUUUUCAUUCAAAUAUUUGUGUUGGCUUUGCUCGGCCCGGUAAUCGAUCAAAAUUUCUACUACGCCGGGUUGAAAUAUACUUCGCCGACGUUCUCUUGUGCCAUGAGCAACAUGCUGCCUGCAAUGACAUUCGUGAUGGCUGUGAUUUUCAGGAUGGAAAAUUUGGAGAUGAAGAAACUGAGAUGCCAAGCAAAAGUUUUGGGAACCUUAGUGACAGUGGGUGGAGCAAUGGUGAUGACUUUGUACAAAGGUCCACUUGUUCAAAUGCCUUGGUCUAAACAUUCUCAUCACUCUAAUCAAGCCUCUGAUGAUAAAGCCAACAAAGAUUGGUUCAAAGGCUCCAUGUUCCUCAUCAUUGCCACUCUUGCUUGGGCUUCUCUCUUUGUCUUGCAGAAUCAAGCAUUGAAGACAUACAAGAACCAUCAAUUCACUCUCACUACACUUGUAUGCUUUGUUGGGACUUUGCAAGCCAUAGCUGUGACAUUAGUAGCUGAGCACAAAGCUGUCGUUUGGAGAAUUGGUUGGGAUAUGAACCUCCUCGCUGCUGCCUAUGCUGGAAUUGUGACGUCAAGUAUUUCAUACUACGUACAAGGGCUAGUGAUUAUAAAGAGGGGACCUGUAUUUGCAACUGCAUUUAGCCCUUUGAUGAUGAUAAUCGUGGCCAUCAUGGGCUCUUUCAUCCUCGCUGAAAAGAUAUUUCUUGGAGGAAUAAUAGGAUCCAUCUUCAUAGUGUUUGGGCUAUAUUCAGUUCUUUGGGGAAAGCACAGAGAGAAUUUGGAGAUCAAAGUCGGUGCUGCCGCUGCUUCUUCUGAUGAAGAAAUACCACAACCAAUCAAGCCUCCUUCUCAACCAAAUAAUAAUAAUAAUAAUAUUGCAAAUAAUUCAAUUUUCAUUUCCAUGCCUACCCCUGAAGACCCCAUCAAACCCAACCAAAUCCCAAGAGAAUAAUUGAAGGAAAAAGGGAUGUUGGAAGGGGCUUUUUUGUCU